UCAAAUCAAACCAAAAACUAACCUAUAAAUUCAGUGUAGAGUGUAUUUUUGUAGUGGUUUUGUGAUGUAUAUCUUUUAGUAAACAAAAAAGGGCCUGUACGGUGGGUGCCGGGUUUUAUAGUUUUUUUUGGAGUUGCAGGUAUCCAAAUAAUUAUGGAUGUAGAAUUAUUGAGACCAGGCACUGUGCCUAUAUCUCCAGAAACAGUUUUGUGGUUUGAAUUUCUCUUGGACCCCAGUUUAUUACUGAAACAUUUACAGAAGUGCAUUCCAGAUCCUUCUCCCCUUGAACUGAUAACAAAGUUUUAUGAUGUGAUCAAUGAAAGCAUGAAAAACCGAACAGAAAUAGACCAUUUAGAAAAUUUGGAAUAUGUAGAGGAAAAAUAUUCUACAAAGAGCAUCGCCUUAAAAAUUCUGUCACUAAAAAUAGUAGCUCAUUUAAAAUGGAGCUUAGGUGAAAUAAGGCAACUGCCUUUCAAGACUCAAAUAACUUUACUACAGGAUUUAAUGUACUUUACCAAUAACAAAACAGUUAUUGAUUUGCCAACAGCUUUAGAGCAAGAGAUAUCCUUUAUCUCACCACAAUUUUUAUUUGCACUAGUCUUGUUUCACCGCUGGAUAUUGAAUACUGCAAUGCAUAGAGUCACAUCAAAUUGGCAAAUAAGAUAUGGGGUAAAUGAUGUAUCACCUCUGAAUGAAAACAUCAUCUGCAGUGCAGAAAACAUAAGCAAGACAAUAUCAUUUCUGGUCUCCUCUUUAAGCCAUGAUGUUAUACCAAAAAUGUUGACAUUUGAUUGCUUCCCAUUACCCACUGAAUCUAAUGAUAAUGUGGAAUUAGAUUGGUCAAAGAGCCAAAAAAUAGAGAAGGAUGAAUUUUGCUCGCAGAUAAAUUAUGAUCUGGGCAUGUAUUUUUUCUACAGAGAGGACUAUGAACUGGCUAAGAAACACUUUUCUCAGUGUUUAUAUUAUUUCAAGGAAACUUCUAUCACGAGUAGUUUCUAUGAAGUUGAUAGACAAAUGCUUGAGAUCUAUGUCAAAGCUUGUCAAUCAUCAACUGAAAUACAUAAAGGACAUCUUUUAGAGCAGCUCAAUUUUUCUAUUGUCAAUCAGUAUAUGGGUUUGACAACGAUCUUACAACAGGACAACAUCUAUAGAGAAAUACCUUUGGUACACCGUUUGAAUUUAGAAUUAGAUAUACAAGGAGCUAUUUCCAGUGGUAUUUUCACAGUUGCUAGAGACUUACUGCAGAAAAUUAAAGCUCUUAAUAUAGUUAGAUGCAUUUUGGACCAAAAACCACUUUACCAGUAUUCUUCCAGUGUUUUAAAGAAUGCAGACUUACUAAUUUCGGCAAUUCAAGUGAGCUGGAAGAUGUUCUCUGACAGGGACAAAUAUAUUGUGAAAGAAUAUUUGAUGGAGUUGAUUAUUACUGAAGAUUUGCCAGACCUGUUAAAGAAGAUACAGUCAAAUGAUGAAUUGAGCACAAUGUUUACAGCUGCCGACAUAAGUUACCUCCAAAAAGUGGACACCCAUGUUGAUCUGCCAGAUAGAAUUGAUAUAUCUGACCCUCUUUUUGAUAUGCCAAAAAAGCGUAAACCAAGUAAGGAAUUGAAGCAGUUAGAGAAGCAGUUGAUAGCUACAAAUGACCACAAGGAAAUAAGAGAUAUUCUUAUGAAAAUUGCUAUGAUGAAUUUGGGAACAAAUAUUCCAAGCAUUAACCCUUUAUGGGAAUUACCUAUUCCCUUGCAGAGUGUCAUAAAAUCUCUUUCAAGAGGAUUCUUGCAAGACUAUGCAUAUGUUACGUUGGCAAAGUCAAAAGAGCAAGUUUUGAAUAAAAAUUACAAUCUCGCUCUGGAGUUUCUGAUCAUUUUAGAAAAAGAGCUGGAAGCAUCAAACAUAAACAUUUCCAAGUUAUUUAAACUCGUGAGUUGGGAAAUUUUGUUGGUACAAAUAUUGCAGGUUCUGGAUCAAUGGACUAAGAAUCCUAAUGGCAUUGAUAAACAUGCAUUAGCUGAUGCUUGUGAAGCAUGUUUACAAACGAAUGACUCUGUGUUGCCAAGGAGUGAAAUAGUAGAAAUGUGUUCAAUUUACUUGUUGAAUAUAGGAAGAUGGGAGUUUUUGGUGAAUAUAGAUAAAAAAUGGGCAAUUUUCGAGAUCACAUCUGCUAUUGCUAUGACGUGUCAGGAGAUUAUAAAACAGAAAGGAAGCAAGAAGCUACCCAAGCAUUUAUGGGAUCUGGUGGUGCCAAUUUUUGGACCGCCUUCACAGGCGAAAAGGGGCGGUAGUGGCUUUGUGGAGCCAUCAACCCUCACAUCAAGCUUGAAAAGCAAUCUGGUAUCAGUGUUUUUCAAGCUUAAGGAUUCCAUGUGUUUGGCUGUAAUCAUUUCUUUACUAUCGAAAUUGUUCAAUAUACUCAAAGAUGAGUCAAGCCUGGAUCUCCAAGUGGAUUAUGUUAGCCUUUGGCCUGUAACUAUUAGCAACGCAAACUCGUACGAUGUAACAGCAGUUUCUGAUCUAUUAUGGGAUGUAGUAACCUAUGCGUUGAAAGAACAUCCAACAAAUAUUCCAUUUUCUGUAUCGUGGCUGCGUCUGAUGGGUGAUUUAAAUUUUGCAAGUUGCCACUACAGGAUAUCUCUGAGUUAUUAUCUAAAAUCCCUCUCAAUCUACUACGAUUACUUUAACAUCCCAGUCCGGCCUGAUGAUCCCAUUUUUAGAAGGAUGAUCAAGUGCUGUACUACGUUAGGGUGUCACACUCAAGCUGCAGUGCUUUGUCAGUUUCUGGAAGAAACUGAUUAUACACUAGCCUUCAGGAUACUCUCCGAUCCGAAGACUUGUAAUGAUGCAGUAGACGCCUACUAUCACUGUUUCUGGGACAUUAGCAUCUUGGAGUUUUUAAUCUAUCACCACCAUAAAAGGGGGGAGUUCCAAAGGAAGAAGUGUGCAGUGCAGAUAAUUGGGAUGUUGGAGUUGAAUGCUAGUAAUAAUGAAGAGAUACAGCAAGAAGCUAGUAAUUUAAGGAAAAGUACAUUUCUUAGAGCGCUUUGUAAACAGUAUGUUUUUUAAAUAGUAUGUGAAUGUAAUUUUUAAAAAAAGAUCUUUAUAUGUAUAAUUUAUAAAGUAGAUUCGCGUUUUAACAUUUUUCAUUUGAUACCAAGACAAAAAAAUAAUUAUCUUACAGCACGGUUACGAUUUCGCUGGACAUUAGCCGCUACCUUAUGCUCCCCCAUUCACGAUCGUAUCUUGCUACUAAAAUGGGCCAUGCUGUUCCACUCGGGACCUCCGUUCUAUUGAAGAAUAGAGCGUUAUGAGGUUGAGCUAGUAUGAGUGAUCAUGAGUGUCGGCCCUUGAAGUGCGAUCAACGCUUUGUUGCGCGAUUGUGGUUCAUAUAAUUUGCACCAUAGAAAUGACAUUUAUCUUAUAUCGUCGGUGAAUCCGCAAAACCUCUUAUGGGAGAAAUGUAUAAUUUUACAGAGUGAACAAUUAAUUGGC